AUGGUUAGAAAGACAAGCAAUGGUCACCGGAAAAUUGAGAUCAAGAGGAUAGAAAAUGAACAAAUCCGGCAAGUCACAUUCUCAAAGCGACGACAGGGCCUGUUCAAGAAGGCCAGCGAGCUUUCAACCCUAUGUGGUGCUCAAGUUGGAAUUUUGGUCUAUUCUCCUGCUGGAAGGCCCUAUUCAUUCGGCCAACCUGGGUUCGAAGUGGUAUCGAAUCAAUUAAUCGCUCACAACUCCUUCAUGACCAGCCCAAACCCUAUAGAGGGACCUCAGGGCAAUGCAAUUGUGCAACAACUGAAUUGUCACUGUAUGGAGAUCAUGAGUCUACUCGACACCGCGAAGACCAAAGGUGCAGUGCUGAAAGAAAGACUUGAAAUAACUCCAAAGGGGAAGGAGAAGGCUUUCGAGACCGAGCUUGAAGGCUUUGGUAUGGAUGAGCUUGAAAGGUUGGUGAAGUCCUACAAUGAUUUGAAACUAAAGGCGGAUUCAAGAAUUUAUAAGAUAAUGAGUGGAGGAGCUUCUUCAUCAGGUGGCCCUUUGCCCGUUAACCCUGUGAGUAUGUUAACCCUUAUGUGA